AUGUCAAUUUCCCAUUCUGAUCGUCAACAAUUAUUAGAACAAAAACGGCAGAGAUUACAGGAAUUGAAACAGAGACGUUUGUUACAACAACUGUCUCGGCUGCCCACACCUGAAGAACCGCAUGCGUUGUUAUUUAAAAAGCGUGUUGAUGCAACAACGCAAACACAAUACGAUGAAAUAUCAUCAAAUAAAGCAAACCCCAUCAACCAGGUAACAAAGAAGGAAAUUGAUAAAUACGACAAAUCUGUUCAAACUACAACACCGAUCCAAAUUGAAACACCAUCUGUACCUGCUGAGAAAAAAGUCAACCUUCUUGACAAGCAAGCCAUUUGUGAAAAUGAUUUGAAUGAAGCUUUGACAACUUCCAUCAAAACGGUGAAUAAAAUUCAAAUUACCAAGACAAUCCAACUAGACCAAUCAGCAAAACGUGCUUCGGAUGUGAAUUUGCUUUCGGGAUUUAACAUCACAGCAACUCAUAAUUUCAAACAGACAAUUCGGUGUAUGGAUGUGUUGUCCAAGUCGUUAGCACUUGCGUUUACAGAUAAUGAAGCCGUGGUAUAUGAUUUCCAGGAAUCACAGUUUUUCCCUGAGUUUUACUUGAAGUCACUCUCAGGAAUUGAAAUCAUGCAAUUUGAUAAAUAUAACAACCACCGAAUAGUAGGGGGCUUGAGUAAUGGUGGAAUCUGUAUAUGGGAGUUGGGAAAUAGUAGUAUUUCUUUGAUGCCAGUUUUGUCUACUCCGUUGUACUCGUCUAUCCUUCGAACAUCAGCAUUGCUGCAUUUAGAUAAAAUUGUUUAUUUGACUCAGUUUCUUUUAGAUGGUAAUCCUUGUAUCUUAUCUGUGUCACGAGAUGGUGUCGUUAAUGUUUGGUCUGCAAACUUAUUGGUGGAGCCAAAGUUGUCUUUUAAAAUAUUUGGGUCUACAAGAAAAGCUGACGAUCUGCAAGUCAUGAAUGGAUUGUAUUUGGGACCAGAUGAGAUUGUUGGUACAAAUUUUAUUCUCGAUUUAAUUGUUGCUACAAACGAUGGGAGAAUAUAUAAAGGUAAUGGCGAACUUGUACAUGAGGACUGUCUAUCUAUUAUUGGUUCAUUAAUCAAACUUGAUAACCUUAUAAUAUCGAGUCAUUCUGAAUGGAACUUCAAAAUUUGGAAACAGCAACAAGUUCAGCCGUUCAAGGACAUUCCAACACCAUAUAUUGUCCGUCAGAUGAUAAUCAGACCUCAAAGAAAAUUGCAAUUGGUAACUGUUGGGUAUCCAAAUUUGGCGAAUAGUCGUUAUGUUGUGGAUAUCUGGGAUUUGAGCAAGAAGAUAUAUUCUCCUAUCACCACCAUAAUGGAAUCUGUCGAUAAAAUUGAUGAUAUUGCCUUUAAUGAAACUGGUGACACUUUCAUUGUUGUUGUAAAAGGUAAUAUGACUGUUUACUCCAUUGAUGAUUCAAAGUUUUCCAGAUUUGAAAAAGAUGAUUCCCAUUUUGAUAAAGGUAUAUAA